AUGGCAACUAAUAUUCUUUUUCUGAUGAUUUUUGGUGCAUUUGCCUUCACCAUCAAUGCUAGGAGACUUGUGAUCGAAAAGGGUGUAAUUGGAGAAGAGAAGACAUUCUCCAAUAACUUUCCUAGUUAUGGUGGUGGACUUGGUGGAGGAGGUAUUGGAUUGGGAGGUGGAGGAGCUGGGUUUGGUGGUGGUGGAGGUGGAGGGUUUGGUGGUGGCGGUGGAAGUAGCCUUGGUGGUGGAUCUGGUUUUGGUGGUGGGACUGGAGGAGGCUUUGGGUCAAGCAUUGGAGGCAUUGGAGGAGGUGGUGGUGGAGGGUUUGGCGGAGGUGACGAUGUACUUGGUGGUGGAUAUGGUGCAGGAGGUGGUGGAGGCUUUGGAGGUGAUCUGCCAUAA